AUGGAUAAUCAGAGAUCAGUUCGGGAUUCAUUUGCUGAAUAUUUUGAGGAUUGGGAGGCUCAACACAGGAGCUACCUCGACAAGCUCGUAGCCAUAGCCACUCAAAAUGAAUCCGAAGAAGAUUCAGUGAGGCACUUGGUCGACCAGGUUUUGUGCCACUACCAGGAGUACUACGAUGAGAAAAGCAAAGCAGCUGAGUCCGAUGUUUUUCUCAUGUUUUCUCCUCCUUGGUUCAGUUCUUUCGAGCGGACGCUUUUAUGGGCAACUGGGUUUAGACCAUCGGUGGCGUUUCGGUUAAUUAGGGAGUCGGUGGGUGGGGAAUUGAGUGAAGAACAGAAUGAGAGGAUUGCGGCGGUGAGAGAGAAGACACGGCGGUUGGAGAGGGAGAUUUCGGAGGCUCUGGCGAGUGUCCAAGAGAGCGUUGCGGCACAGCCGUUCUCCGAUUUGGUGAAGAGGGAAGCGAGAUUGGUUGAUGGGGAGGCGUCUGAAAUGGAAGAUGCAUUCGGGGAAUUGAAGGCGGCGAUGCUGGCUGUAAUGAGAGAUGCUGAUUGUCUCCGGCAACAUACCGCCGGAGAAGUGUUGGAGGUGCUGACUCCGGCUCAGAAGGUGAGGUUUUUGGCCGGAACUUCGCAAUUUUGGCUUCAGUCGAGGAGACUUGGUAUGGAGAGAGAUAAACGGAAUGAAAUUUCAAGAAAAGCCAUCACUUAG